AUGUCAAGAAAAAUCUAUUUUGUGGAACCGCAAGACCCCAAUAAUCAUACGCACACAAUUAUUUUCCUCCAUGGUCGAGAUAGCGAGUGCGAAGAAUUCGCCAGCGAAUUUUUCGAAAGUGAGGCUUCAACCCCUGCUGGUCAGCCAAGAACUCUGCUAGAUCAUCUCCCUAAUGUGAGAUGGGUCUUCCCUUCAGCCCCAUUCCUAUCAUCAGCACGAUUUGGGACCACAAUGUCUCAGUGGUUUGAUAUCUGGUCUGUUGAGAACCCAGAAGAACAGACCGAGCUACAGAAAGAAGGCCUGCAAAUGAGUGUAGAUUCUAUCAUCGAAAUAAUACGAUUAGAAGAACACCUUGUCCCUCGCCAAAACAUUUUCCUCGGCGGAAUAAGUCAAGGGUUCGCUACUGCUCUAGCCGCCUUCUUCUCUGGUGGCCAAAACCUUGCUGGUCUCAUCGGGCUCUGCAGCUGGAUGCCCAUGAGUGGCGUCGCAACCAGCCUGAUCGCAUCGAAGCAGGGAGAAACCACGGUGUUCAAUGCAUUACAAGACGCAUACCUAGGACAUGUUUCUGUUAGUCGCGUCGAUCCGGCGGUUAUUAAGUCGACACCUGUGUUUCUAGGGCAUGCAGCAGACGACGAAAUCGUCCCCGUACAGAACGGGAAACAAUUGCGGGAUAUCCUUCAUGAUUUGAAUCUUACAGUAGAUUUUCAUGAAUAUCGGGAUGGAGGACAUUGGAUUAAUGAGCCAGAUGGAGUUGAUGACAUCGUAGACUUUGUCACCAAGAUAUGCCGAAACCGAUCUCCUCGCCUAAACUAACCGAUGUUAUCAGCAACUAUAGCUGCGCGACGUAAGGAUCUAGCCCUAUUUAUCAUAACGUUCAACUGCGUCGAAAAUUCUAUAUUGUAAGUAAUAUCCUCGAAAUUGAUGUACUGUACUACCAGCGCAGUACGCGACUCGGGCGGCAGCAAUGGUAUCAUCAAGUUUCAACACUGGUGCCUACUAUUUACGUGCCAUUAUCUCAAUACUUACUAGUAUUUAUCACCUAGGAACAUAACAGUGUUAUAGUACAAACAACUUAUUUAAUUAGGUCUUAAACAUCAGCGCCGACUACUUCAUACCUAUGAG